AUGGGUGAUCAACACCACAGAAAGCGCUACUCGGUAAGCUCGAUGCCAAUCCGGCCAGAAGAGUUCCGAAUGAGAGUGGCGUUGAUGUCCGAGGUGGAGAAGAGUAUCCAUCAUGCAGGUCAAGUCCAAGUCCUGGUCAGCUCGGAUAGGAGUGGUCUUCAUCGAACUUCAAUCGUGUCUUCGGCCUUUGAAUUUCAAAAUGCCGAUCAAAUCUUGGACUAUUUAGGUAAAGAAAAAUUCUUAACUUUGGCUGCAGAAAUUCGAGUUUGUUUACCAGUCUGUCGGGAAAAUAAUGUGGAUUUGUCGCAACAAAAUGUAUCGCUUCAACGCAAUCACAUACCGUCGCAAAGCGAUGAUGGGCGAUUCCAUGGCGCGACGAAUCCACAUUAUUUUCCCGACACACUGAUAUGAUAGAUUUUGAUGACAAAACAGUGAAUUUUUCGAUCUUGUUAACUCUCUUUAAAUCAGCAAUCAACAUUUUUCAGGUUUCAAAUCACCCAUAAUUCUCUACACAAUCCUCUGCAUGGCCGUUUGUUGGAGCCUGGCGAUCAUGACAAUUAUGUGUUCCCACUUCUAUGAGACCGGGAUUGAAUGUGAAUAUGGCGACAGAAAAUGCGCCGCAGAAGCAAACGAGAUGAAAACAAUCGAAAAACAGUUCUUUUCUGGGAAAGAUAAAUGGUUGGGGCCGGAAUGGUCGGCUUCAAUAUUCUUUAUUGGCGAUCUUUUAGGUGGAAUUACGCUGAGCUACUAUGCUGAUGUGUAAGCUCUUGAAACAUCAAGUUCGGCGGCAUAGAGCGUUAGCUUCUUAUACAGUGGCGGACCUGCUCCAGUGGCAAAAAACGUACCAUUUUGUAUCCGGGAAGUAUCAAAAAUAUAGCAAAAUACCUCCCUCUUCAAGUGAAAACACUCCCAUUUCAAAAGCAUCCGCUCUUUUUGAGAGUAUUUUUAGCAGGAGAGGGAGGUAUUUUGCCAUAUUUUUGGUACUUCCCGGAUGCAAAAUGGUACGUUUUUUGCCACUGGAUCAGCUCCACCACUGUUGUUCGAUAAAUUUCAGGCAUGGUCGGAAGAAAAUAGUCUUCCCAUCCAUGUUUGUCAUGGGAUUUCUCCUCAUUGUCUCCACCUUUGCCACCACUUUAAUUGGAUUUUUGGUUCUUCGAUUUAUGGCCGGAUUUUUUCUUACUGUAAGUUAUCCCCGAUCCAUUGUAAUCAGUCGAUCCUAGGCCUCAUUCGUGAUAGUUUGGGUGCACGCCAGCGAAUGUAUCAGCGCCAGGUAUCACGCAGUUUUAUCCGUUAUUUUCGGCUUCACCUGGGUUAUUGGCUAUGCUUGUGUUGCAUUGAUUGCAACAUUCCUCCAUGAUUGGAGGCAAGCAACGAUUAUUGUGGCUGUUCCUCAGCUCAUUAUCUCGUUUUCUCUCUGGUUGUAGGUUUAAAAAAAUAUGACCUCUGAUUUUAAUGCGUAUUUUACAAAAAUUUCAAAAUUUUAGCACUAUCCCGGAGAGCUUCCAGUUUGUCGUCGAGAAACGCCGAAAACAAGAACUGCACAUGUGGCUAAAAUCUUCGCGAAACCCCUAUUUAGACCAGAAUGUCAAUGCGGAAAAGUUUUUGCAGACAACGCACAAGCAUGUGGAGGAUGAGGGAGCUGAUGAUCUGAGUGGAUUUCUCAAGUAUCUACAGGAACAUACAGCAAUCAUAAAGAUCGUCGUUAUGUCCGCUUGCUUGUGGUAGGCCACGAACUAGGUUAACAAAGUCAUCUGCUAACUAACGACACCGAAUAUGAUCAAAUAUAUUAGAAUUACUCAUCCAAUUUUAGGAUCUUCACUUUCCUCUGGUACCUCGGACUUUCGAUGCAAAGUACAUCCUUGGGAGGCGAUGCAUACAAAAAUUUCUUACUCUCAGGACUAGUUGAGAUCCCAGGGCAUAUUAUUAACCCACUUUUGAUCAAAAACAUUGGAAGGAAACGGACCACAGUCACAGUUUAUACGCUCGGAACGGUCUGUUUACUCGGAUUGUCCUAUAUCGAAGACAGUAAGUUAAUCUCUAAGCAUGCAGUUUGGAAACAACGUGAAUGUCAAAGACAAUUCUAUUAGCCAUGGGAUGAUACCUUAUACAGCUAUAAAAAACCAGGAGAUAAGCUAAAAACAUUAUUUUAGCUCACUCCGACCUGUACCUAUAUGUUUGGAUGUCGGCCAAGUGUUUAUCAGCCGCCGCAUUCAUGAACCUAUUUAUAAACGGCGCAGUAAUUUUCCCCACAGCUAUUCGAAACUCAGCAAUGGGAAUCUGCGCCGUCUGCAGCAACAUCGGAGCUUCAAUCGGUCCCCAUGUACCUCAUCUGGUAAGAUACUAUAAAAAUACCCGGAAAACCGACAAACUGCCUAAUCUAUUUGUAAAAUCACAAGCUGUCUGUUUCAGAAGAGGUUUGGCCAUCCUGUUCCAUGGAUUGUGUUCGCUCUGGCGACAGCAAUCAGCGGAAUGUUGGCCAAUUCCAUGCCAAAACCCGACCUAGAGGACGAAGAGCCAACAGUCAACGGAUACGUCGAAGUUCCACUUGAUGAGGAAGUGUAG